AUGGCAGACAGUGAGGAGGAGCUGCAGAGAAGAUGCCUGAGGUGGCAGAUUGGAAUAGAGAGCAAGGAUUUGAAGGUAAAUACCAAGAAGACUGAAUUUAUGUCAAGCAGCAGGAAGGAUGUGGAAGGGAACAUCAAAGACAAGGACAAUGCUAGGCUCAAGCAUGUCCAGGAGUUCAAAUACCUUGGAGUGACCGUAGAUGCCAGGGGAGAAGUAUGGACAAUGUGUAAGAAGGAGGAGAGGAUACUAGAGGCGACAGAAAUUAAUAUGUUGAGAAGAAUCAAAGGCGUGACGCUGAGAGAAAGGGAAAGAAGUACUGACAUCAGGAGAGAAUUGGGAGUGAGUGACAUCAACGAGAAGGUCAAGAAGAUAAGAAUGAGAUGGUACGGACAUAAAAAGGCUGAAAUGCCAUACCCCAAAUUCAUUUGUGCUUCACUUCAUUACAAAGAGUCAUUCAUCCUCCAGGGAGCCAGUGGAAAAGCCAAAGGGGUGCUAAUUGCAAGGAGGGAGGGGCUCCGAUGGGAGGGUCAUGAGACUACCACUGGCAGGGUUAAAAGGGCGCUGUUGGAAGGGCUGAGGGAGCACCACUGGAGGGGCCAAGAGGGCACCAUUUGA